UAUCCCAACUACCAAUUUCUCAUAAAUAAAAAAUACAGUUUAGAAGGGGUCAAAAAAAAAAAAUGCUGCGCAGAAGGGGCCGGGACUAGGCCCAAUAAAGCGAAGCCCGCGUGCGUUCUAUUAUACCACGUCGACACGCCACCGGGUCCCAUCGCACGUGUUCCUGCUCCACCUUUGCAUCCUUAACCCGGAACCCUAUAUAUUUCCUUACCAUUACGGAGCUCAGAAAGCUCAAUCUACCAAAUCAGACCCAAACUCUUCUGUAAAAGUCCAAUCCUCGCUACCCCCAUCGAAUUUGUGUUCGUUCUAUCGAUUACCGUUCAUCAAUUGCUCGCUCCAUCAUCUAAUCCAGAAGGAGAAUUGAAGCUAUCGGAUCUCCAUUCGAUGCGUCCGAGCUUCAUCGACUCCUCCGGCGCCUUCAGCGAAUGCAACAGCGACCGUUCCGGCGAGUUCUCAUCCCCCGGAUCUCCCAUCAACGGCGCCGGAUCCGACUCGGUCGGCGGCUCUGCCGCCGCUCUCCAUCGUCUUCUCAUUUCCUGCGCCGCCGACAACUCCGAUGAGGUCAUCAGUUCCCUAAUCGCCGAUCUGGAUUCUCCAUCCGCCUCAAUCGAUCAGCAGCGCCACGCGGCCCUGGAACUCCGGCUACUCGCCAAGCACAACCCUGAUAAUCGCCUCAAGAUCGCACGCGCAGGUGCAGUCCGCCCUCUCGUUUCUCUCCUCUCCCAUCCCGACCCCAUCCUUCAAGAAAACGGUGUAACCGCGAUCCUCAACCUCUCCCUUUGCGACGAGAACAAAGAUCUGAUCGCCGCAUCCGGCGCCAUUAAACCCCUCAUCCAUGCGCUAAAAGUCGGAACCCCAGCCGCGCGUGAGAACGCCGCUUGCGCCCUCCUCCGCCUUUCGCUGAUCGAGGAGCAUAAGGUCACAAUCGGGCGAUACGGCGCCAUCGCGCAUCUCGUGGAUCUUCUCCAGAACGGCACCCCCCGCGGGAAGAAGGACGCCUCCACCGCGCUCUACUCCCUGUGCUCCACUAAAGAAAACAAGAUCCGGGCCGUCAAGGCAGGGAUCAUUCGCCCCCUUCUCGAUCUGAUGUCUGAUUCGGAGUAUGGAAUGGUCGACAAGGCCGCGUCUGUUCUCUAUGCCAUCGUCAGCGUAUCGGAGGGCCUCGCCGCCGCUGUUCAAGAAGACGGAAUCCCAGUUCUCGUUGAACUCGUCGAGAUCGGAACCCCGAGGCAGAAAGAGAUCGCGGCCUCAACACUUCUUCUGAUCUGCGAGCAGAACGUUCAGUACCGUUCCAUGGUCGUUCGAGAAGGCGCCUUUCCGCCGCUCAUCGCCAUGUCUCAAUCCGGCAGCUCCCGUGCCAAGCAGAAGGCGGAGGCCCUCAUCGAUCUGCUAAGGCAGCAAAGGUCGGCGCCUAGCGGCUGAGGACACGUGUCGGUUUUCAGAGAAUCUACGACGCCAUUAAAGUAGGCCACCGCGUGGGCCGUGUAGAGAUAUUCCAUAGCCAGUGAGUGUACAUUUCUAUAGAGCUAUUGCCCGCUUAAUUAACGUCUUAGCUUCUGUUUUCAGUUUUUGGGAAUGUGCAUCCUUUUUUAUUUGGUUUUAAUAUCCUUUUUCAAAAGGUUUACAAUAUAUUUUUUUUGUUUGGAUUUCUGAUUGGAAAAGAGGAUUUUUUUUU